CAAACCAUAGAGUACCGGAAAAAGCGUGAGCAGAAGGGUUGGGAAAGGAAAGCUACGUUGGUGUCUUUCGUGCUAAAAUGACGACCUUAGUACUGGAUAACGGAGCCUACAAUGCAAAAAUUGGUUACAGCCAUGAAAAUGUCUCAGUAAUUCCUAACUGUCAGUUCAGAUCAAAAACAGCACGCCUCAAAACUUUUACUGCUAACCAGAUAGAUGAAAUAAAGGACCCUUCUGGACUCUUUUAUAUCCUUCCUUUUCAGAAGGGCUACUUGGUGAAUUGGGAUGUACAAAGACAAGUUUGGGAUUACCUUUUUGGAAAAGAAAUGUAUCAGGUUGAUUUUUUAGACACUAAUAUUAUUAUCACAGAACCGUAUUUUAACUUCACUUCAAUUCAAGAAUCAAUGAAUGAAAUCUUAUUUGAAGAAUACCAGUUCCAAGCAGUAUUAAGAGUAAAUGCUGGGGCUCUCAGUGCACAUAGGUAUUUCCGAGAUAAUCCUUCUGAAUUAUGCUGUAUCAUUGUAGAUAGUGGAUAUUCCUUUACACAUAUAGUUCCUUAUUGUAGAAGUAAAAAGAAAAAAGAAGCAAUUAUUCGAAUAAAUGUGGGAGGAAAACUCCUAACCAAUCAUCUAAAGGAGAUCAUAUCUUACAGGCAAUUACAUGUUAUGGAUGAAACACAUGUGAUUAAUCAAGUGAAAGAAGAUGUGUGCUAUGUGUCUCAGGAUUUUUAUAGAGACAUGGAUAUUGCCAAGUUGAAAGGAGAAGAAAAUACAGUCAUGAUAGACUAUGUUUUGCCUGACUUUAGUACAAUUAAAAAGGGCUUCUGUAAGCCAAGGGAAGAAAUGGUGUUAAGUGGAAAAUACAAAUCUGGGGAACAAAUUCUUCGUCUGGCCAAUGAGAGAUUUGCUGUUCCAGAAAUACUCUUUAAUCCUUCCGAUAUAGGCAUUCAAGAAAUGGGAAUUCCAGAAGCUAUUGUCUAUUCAAUUCAGAACUUACCUGAAGAAAUGCAGCCGCAUUUUUUUAAGAACAUUGUUUUGACAGGAGGAAAUACUCUUUUCCCAGGAUUUAGGGAUCGGGUUUACUCCGAAGUUCGAUGUCUCACUCCAACAGAUUAUGAUGUUUCUGUUGUGCUGCCUGAAAACCCUAUUACUUAUGCCUGGGAAGGUGGAAAAUUGAUAUCAGAGAAUGACGAUUUUGAAGAUAUGGUGGUAACAAGAGAAGAUUAUGAAGAAAAUGGACAUAGCGUCUGCGAAGAGAAAUUUGACAUUUAAGAAAUGUUUCUGAAGGUUUUUGACUGAUUGUGACAAAGGCUUAAUUUCAGUGUUCUAAAGAAAGUUAAGGAACCUGUGUUACCUUUCAUCUUAAAGUCUUGAACUUAUGUAAAUAGUUUGAUCCAUAUCUAAUUUUCAAUGGAUUCUGAGUUAAGUAAACUGUAACUCAGCCCAGAUUUUCCUUUAGGAACUAGACUUACUAUAACAAUGCUUAGGCUUUUUCUGAGAGUAAGUUAUCUUUCAUUAGCAGAUGAAAGAGUGAGCACAUUUUAAGUUUAAUUCUUCAUAGCUAAAAGCACCCAACUUAAGUGUUUCACUGGUCAGUUUUCAUUAGAAGGUAGUUUUGUGUGACUGAGUAGGAAUUGGUCACAGUGUUUUCAGGCUGAUGGGAGUCUCUCUUUUAGAAUUAAGUGUUUUAUUUUAAAAUUGUCGUCUUUAUUUAUAUCUGCUAAAGUUGGAAAAACUAAUCUGUGUGCGUUUAAUGUUUAUCUUCUACUUAGUAUAAGUUUAAAAGGAUGGCGAUUAAAGCCAACUUUAUUAAAGUGUUUUUGGUCACUA